AUGAAUUGGAUCUUGUUCAUGCUGAUCGCCAUCGCCACCCAACUAGUUACAAUGCCUGUCACCAAUUUUUCCACGUCUGAGAAGUAUAGCUAUCUGAAUGGCUUCGAUUCAUUCCACGAAUCAGAGGCCAUCAAAGGUGCGCUUCCAAUUGGCGCCAAUUCACCUCAAAAGCCACCGUACGGUCUCUACGCCGAGAAACUCUCCGGCACAGCAUUCACCGCUCCACGCCAUGAGAAUCGUCAAACCUGGCUCUACCGUGUUCUUCCCUCAGCCUCUCACUCGACCUACCAGCGCUUCAGCAAUGCUUCAGAGCCAAUUUUGAAAGCAAAGUUGAACUAUGUUCCCCAGCAGCUGCGAUGGGAUCCGUUUGAUAUCGAUGAACAAGUCGAUUGGGUCACGGGCAUAAAACUUGUUUCCGGUGCAGGUGACCCGACAAUGAAAACAGGUAUUGGAAUUUAUGUCUUUGCUGCUGGUAAAGAUAUGGAUGAGAAAACAGCCAUGUACUCCUCCGACGGCGAGAUGCUAGUUGUCGCACAGCACGGCGUAUUGGACAUCCAGACUGAACUCGGACGCUUGUUGGUUCGCCCUAAUGAAAUCGCAGUUCUUCCUCGUGGAAUCCGCUAUCGAGUUACACUCCCAGAGGGCCCUAUUCGAGGAUACAUCUUGGAGCUAUACCAAGGGCAUUUUCAGUUACCUGAACUUGGACCCAUUGGGUCGAACUGUCUCGCUAAUCCAAGGGACUUCCAGAUCCCUGUGGCAGAUUUCCAGGAGGAUACUACAUCAACGUGGAUCAUCUUGAACAAGUUUAACAAUGAGCUCUUUGUGGCACAGCAGGGACAUACGCCAUUCGAUGUGGUGUCCUGGCACGGGAAUAUCUCUUUCGACCAUCCUGACCCCUCCAUCUACACUGUCCUGACUGGGCCAUCCGAUCGCCCUGGCACGGCAAUUGCGGAUUUUGUGAUCUUCCCACCUCGAUGGCUUGUCCAAGAAGACACCUUUCGACCACCGUGGUACCAUCGCAAUACCAUGUCUGAGUUUAUGGGCUUGAUUUGCGGUCAAUAUGACGCUAAGACAGGUGGUGGCUUUCAACCCGCUGGGGCAAGCCUACACAACGUUAUGACAGCGCAUGGACCUGAUGCCGAUUCAUUUGAAAAGGCGAGCAACUCGGAAUUGAAGCCCAUGAAAGUCGGAGAAGGAAGCAUGGCUUUCAUGUUUGAGAGUAGCUUGAUGUUGGGAAUCACCGACUGGGGACUGGAAACGUGCAAGAAGGUCCAGGCAGACUAUAACAAGCACAGUUGGGAGGAGUUGAAAGUUCAUUUCAAAAUGCCACUUUGA